GAUCUCUUCUGCUCGUCCAGUCCCUCCUGCAGGAGUCCAGCUGUCCUGUACUCGCUGCUGUGUCCACUUGCCUUCUGACCAUGUCUGCUCACCUCUGUUUAGCUCUGCUGGCUCUCUGCUCUCUGACGACUGCGUCUGACCCAGAAUGUGCAGAGCUGCUCAAACCUCUGGAGGAGCGAGGCCAGGUUUCUGGAAAAUGGAUUUUCCACGUUGGAACAUCAGACAAUGAAGAGUCUCUAAAGGGACUUAAAGAUUUCAACAGCUCCCGGAUUGAACUCUCACCCAUACCCGAUAGUGACAACAUGACCCUGCACUGGAUGGACAGAGUGAAUGGGAAAUGUAUUCAUGGAGAUGUUACUGGCACCUUCUUAAGAAACGACUCCGAAGUGACAUUUCAUUUCAACAUCCACACUCACGAGCAUGUUGGGAAGCACCUGAAGACCUGCGCUGGGUGCAUCCUGUGGACCGACACCGCAGUGUGGAGGGAGAACGGGGAAACCAAACAGGGCCGACACCUCUUCCUCUUCACAAAUUCUGGGAAGUUGGACGAUGCUGAUCUUGAUGUUUUCAAGAAACAAGCUGCAUGCCUCAACCUCCUGGCUGAAUUCCACUUUGGAGAGACCACAGACCUGUGUCCCGAGGAGGAGGAGGCUGCCACAGACGUAAAGGAGGAAGAAGACUAGAGAAAACCGUUGUUGAAAAGAGCCGGUCGUCACCUGCUGUGAACCUCAAAUCCAUCCUGAACAUCUGUUUGAUGAAUCUGUACCACUCAUAAGUCUUUAUCACUGGGGCGAGACUAUUUACAGUAUAUAGAAACCUUUUCUGUAUUAAAGAUGAGAUGAAGAGACUGAUUUCACAUUAACUGUACGGUUCAUGAAUCGUGACGGAAAAACAUUGUGUUCAUCUGUGCAUAAAAAGCUUGACAAAAAGAA